AUGGGUGUGCCAUCAUUUUUCAGAUGGUUAUCAAGAAAAUAUCCUAAGAUUAUCUCUCCAGUGAUUGAGGAACCUGCUCCAGUAGUGGAUGGGGUGGAAUUACCUUUAGACUAUGCUGCACCUAAUCCAAAUGGUGAAUUGGACAAUCUUUACUUGGAUAUGAACGGUAUUGUUCAUCCAUGUUCUCAUCCAGAAAAUAGACCACCACCAGAGACUGAAGAUGAAAUGCUACUUGCAGUAUUUGAAUAUACCAAUCGUGUAUUGAAUAUGGCAAGGCCAAGAAAAGUUCUUUUUAUGGCAGUAGAUGGUGUUGCUCCAAGGGCUAAGAUGAACCAACAAAGGUCCCGUAGAUUUAGAAGUGCAAGAGAUGCCCAAUUGGCUAACGAGGCAAAAGAAGAGGAAUUGAGGGAAAGAGAGAUGCAUGGUGAGGUUAUUGAUGAAGCUGUGAAGAAUAAAAAAACUUGGGAUUCUAAUGCAAUUACUCCAGGAACACCAUUUAUGGACAAACUAGCUGCUGCAUUAAGGUACUGGACUGCUUUUAAAUUAUCAACUGAUCCUGGUUGGAAAAAUUUGCAAGUUAUUAUAAGUGAUGCAACUGUCCCAGGUGAAGGUGAACAUAAAAUUAUGAACUUUAUAAGAUCUCAAAGAGCUGAUCCAGAAUAUAGUCCAAACACUAUUCAUUGUAUCUAUGGGUUAGAUGCAGAUUUAAUUUUCUUGGGUUUAGCUACACAUGAACCACAUUUUAGAAUACUAAGAGAAGAUGUUUUUGCACAAGAAAGUAAGAAAAGAAAUGUUGAUUUGAGUCGUCUAAGUGAGGAGGAAAGACAAAUUUUAAUAAAAAAGGAUUCUCAGAAACCCUUUAUCUGGUUACAUAUUCCUGUAUUAAGAGAGUAUCUAGCUGCUGAACUAUUUGUUCCAAGGUUACCAUUUCCCUUUGAUUUAGAAAGGGCUAUAGACGACUGGGUUUUCAUGUGUUUUUUCUGUGGUAAUGAUUUCUUGCCACAUUUACCAUGUUUAGAUGUUAGAGAAAAUAGUAUCGAUAUUUUGUUAGAUAUUUGGAAGGUAGUUCUACCUACAUUAAAGACUUACAUGACUUGUGAUGGUGCAUUGAAUUUGGAAUCUGUAGAGCUUCUUCUAAAAAAAUUGGGGAGUCGUGAACCAGAUAUAUUUAAAGUCAGGCAUAUACAAGAAGUAAGAAAAAAAGAGGCUAUGGCUAGAAGAAAUCAAAUUAAAUCAAAAAACCUAUCAACAGGUGAAGAUCAUCAUCCAUUAAUUCCUGAUGAACAGUUACCUAUGUAUGAUCAAAAUGGUACUUUGGCUCCUGGUGCUUGGAACUUAACUACAUCAGAUAUGGUGAGAUUGAAGAAGGAGAUAAUGCUUGCUAAUGAGGGUGAUGAAAAAGCAUUGGCUAUAGUAAGAGCACAAAGUGAAAAGAACAAUAAAUUGCUGGAAGAAGUAACAAAGGAAGAAAUGGAGAAAGCAGUUGAGAUUGCUAAUAAAUCAAACUUUUCAACUGCAGAAAUAUUAAAGAAGAAGCUCGCUCAAAAGAAACAUCAACUUGAAGAGAAGGAAACUGAGGAGGAACAUACUGAUGAAAAGGUGGUUAAAAAACAAAAGACUGAUGCAGAUGAUUUAGUAGAUAAAAUCACAGCAGAUGUUGAGGCAGAAGAUGAAGAUGAAGACGAAAAUGAAGACGAAAAUGAUCAAGAUGAAACUGAAGACGUAUCAAGUAAUACUGCUUUAGAGAUGAAACCAACAUUAGUUAUGUAUAAUUCAGAAAUUACAUCAGGAGUUAUUGAUACAGAUGAAUUAGUUAAGUUGUAUGAGCCAGGUUAUCAUGAAAGAUACUACACUGCGAAGUUCCACAUACCAGUAGAUGAGGUUGAAUCUGUUAGAAAAGAUAUGGUUAAGUGUUACAUAGAAGGGGUUUCAUGGGUAUUAUUAUAUUAUUAUCAAGGGUGUCCUUCAUGGAACUGGUAUUAUCCAUACCAUUAUGCCCCAUUCGCAGCAGACUUUUUCGGUUUUACAGACCAGAAAGUUACUUUUGAACUGGGGGAACCAUUUUUACCGUAUGAACAGUUAAUGAGUGUUUUACCUGCGGCUUCAGGUCAUACUCUUCCACCAAUCUUUAGAUCGUUGAUGAGCUCUCCUGAUUCUCCAAUUAUUGACUUUUAUCCAGAGAAUUUUGCUAUAGAUAUGAAUGGUAAAAAAAUGCCAUGGCAAGGUAUUGCAUUAUUACCUUUUAUAGAUGAGAAGAGAUUAUUAAAUGCUGUUAAAGCCCAAUAUCCAAAGUUAACAGAAGCAGAAAGAUCAAGAAAUGUUAGAAAGGAAUCAAUUUUAUUAAUAAGUAAUAAAAAUGUCUACUAUGAAAAGUUUUCUAAAAAAUUAUAUACUGAAGUUGGAGAUAAUACAGAAUUAGUCUUCAGACAUUUUAAGAGCGGUCUAAGUGGGAUAAUAGCUAAAGAUGUUGAAGGUUUCUGUGUUAAUAGCAAAACGCCAUGUCCAGUUGAAAGUGGAUCAUUGCCUGAAUUAUCUACUAAUUUGUUUCUAAAGGUCCUAUAUAAGUUGCCUCCCUUGCCAUCACCAAAUAAGUCUCUGCUGUUAAAUGGAUAUAUUCCACCCAAGCCACUGCUUGAUCAAUAUGAACUUAGUAAAAUUAAACACAGUGGUAAUCGUGGUCCUAACAGAUGGCGUUUUAAUAAUGAUAUGAAGAAUAAUUUUGUUCCUGUUGGACCAGAAGGUACAACUCAGUAUAGUCCUAGAAUAGGAGGUUACAAAUCAUUUUUUUAUUUUUCCAAUGCUAACAAUAAUAACAGUAAUGCAGUACAAAAUGAUAAUUAUGGAUAUGGGGGGAACAUUCCUAGAAUACAGGAUACGAGAUAUGGUAACAAUUAUAAUAGUAGUUAUAAUAAUAAUCGAAAUUUGUAUUCACAACACCUACCUAACAAUUACAAAAACAACAAUAGAAACUAUAAUUAUGGUUAUAAUCGUUUUACUGGGAAUAGAUAUAACAAUCAAUAUCAAGGAAGGUAUAAUAGCCAAUACCAAGGAAGGUAUAAUAAUGGUAAUGUUAAUAAUUCGGGCUUUAGUAGAUACAAUAAUGGUGGAUAUUAUCAAAAUAAUGAUCGUAGAUAA